AUGUCCACUAUACCCUCUGAAUUUACCGAUUGUUUUGGUCCAUAUUCUCCUGAUGCAGCUGCAGCUGCUGCUAUGCAUUAUCAAUUUAGUGGAGGUUAUCCAACAGCACCGCAUGAUAUCUUUGGAUCUUAUGCUCAAAUGUCACAAUUUCGAAAUCCAAUGAUGAUGAUGUAUCCAGGUAGUUAUCCUGUAUCAUCAAGUCCAACUAGUAUGAUAGAUCCAAUGAAUCAUCAUCAUCAUCAGCAACAAGAAUCAUCAGCGGUUACCAGUGGAGCUUCUUAG